AUGGUGAAAAAUAAAAGAUAUACCCCCCCUAGCGCACGGGGAAGUACUGAAACUCGCAGUGCUCCAAGAACCCCUGGUCAGGAUCCAUCACAGCGGGUUGAGAGAGCUCAACAGCAUGGAGGUGGCGGUCGGCUACAUGCCAAUACUCAAUAUUCUCAACAAGGUGGUCGUGGUGGUGGACAACACCUGAGUUCUGGUGGACAUUUUCAGGAUCCAGCAUCACAUCAACCAUUUGGUGGUCCUGUUAAGUAUCAAGCACAUGGGUAUUAUGGCCAUGGUGCCCCACGCCAAAGAGGAACACCACAACCAUACCAUGAUGGGCAUAGGAGUGGGAGUCAUGGACGCGGAGUUCCUGCUACUCCAUCAGUAACACUUCCCGAACUGCACCAAGCUCCACAAGUCCAGAACCAAGUUCCGGUGCUUAGACCUUCACCACCCGAAACUGGCUCAUCCUCACUACAUGUUGAGAUGAACACUGGACAAGUCCAGUUACAGUUUCAGCAACUUGAUAUCCCAGGUCAAAGUUCCUCUAGACAAGGUAUCCAAUCAGCACCAUCGUCGACUAAAUCAGUAAGAUUUCCAAUGCGGCCUGGCAAGGGUACAUUUGGCAGUAGGUGCAUCGUGAAAGCAAAUCAUUUCUCUGCUGAAUUGCCUGAUAAAGAUCUUCACCAGUAUGAUGUAUCUAUAACUCCCGACAUUCCUUCCCGUGGUGUCAAUCGUGCUGUCAUAGGACAACUUGUAACACUCUUCAGACAUUCUCUUUUGGGUGGUCGUCUUCCUGCCUAUGAUGGAAGGAAGAGCCUAUAUACUGCUGGACCGUUGCCAUUUACUUCUAGGACCUUUAAUAUUGUUCUACAGGAUGAGGAUGAUAAACUUGGUGGUGCGCAAGUUGCACAAAGGCGCGAAAAACAUUUUACGGUCGCCAUCAAAUUUGCCGCGCGUGCCGAUCUCCAUCAUUUAGCUAUGUUUUUAGCUGGGAAGCAACCAGAUGCUCCUCAAGAAGCUAUUCAAGUGCUUGACAUUGUUCUACGUGAAUUACCUACUGCAAGGUAUUCCCCAGUUGCCAGGUCAUUUUAUUCACCGAACUUAGGGAGGCGCCAGCAACUUGGUGAUGGCUUGGAAAGUUGGCGUGGUUUUUACCAGAGCAUACGGCCCACACAGAUGGGACUUUCACUGAAUAUUGGGCUUGUUGAGCUGUGCCCUCAGCAGAACACUCCUGUACUAUUUGUCGUGCUACCUUUGUAUAUGUCAUCUACAGCGUUCAUUGAGCCUCUUCCUGUGAUUGAUUUCGUUGCACAACUCUUGAACAGAAACGUCUCAGUCAGACCAUUAUCAGAUGCUGACCGUGUGAAGAUCAAGAAGGCUCUACGAGGUGUAAAGGUUGAGGUCACACAUAGAGGCAAUAUGCGCAGAAAGUAUCGUAUAUUUGGUCUUACCUCACAAGCAACAAGAGAAUUAACUUUCCCUAUAGAUGAUCAUGGUACUGUUAAGACAGUAUUGAAGUACUUCCAGGAGACGUAUGGUUUUAACAUUCAGCACACCACUUUACCUUGCUUGCAAGUGGGUAACCAACAGAGACCGAAUUUUCUUCCGAUGGAGGUAUGUAAGAUUGUUGAGGGACAGCGUUACUCGAAACGACUGAAUGAGAAGCAGAUAACUGCUCUUCUUAAGGUGACCUGCCAGCAUCCCCAACAGCGGGAGCUGGACAUUUUGCAGACGGUGAAUCACAACGCAUACCAUGAGGAUCCAUAUGCACGGGAGUUUGGUAUAAGGAUUGAUGAACGUCUUGCAUCAGUUGAAGCUCGAGUCCUACCUCCCCCUAGACUUAAGUACCACGAUAGUGGCAGAGAGAAGGAUGUAUUGCCAAGAAUUGGCCAAUGGAAUAUGAGGCAUAAGAAAAUGGUCAAUGGUGGUAGAGUUAAGGAGUGGAUAUGUAUUAACUUUGCUCGGAAUGUCCAAGAUAGUGCUGCCAGGAGUUUCUGUCGUCAGCUGGCUGACAUGUGCGAAAUAUCUGGAAUGGACUUCUCAAAGGAUCCUCUGCUUCCUCCUUUAUGUACGAGAGCUGAGCAUGUAGAAAGAGCACUCAGGGCACACUAUCGAGAUGCUAUGAAUAUUCUGAAACCACUGGGCAGGGAGCUUGACCUGCUCAUUGCAAUUUUGCCUGACAAUAAUGGUCCUCUUUAUGGUAAUCUCAAAAGAAUAUGCGAGACAGAUCUUGGAUUGGUCUCUCAAUGCUGUCUCACGAAACAUGUUUUUAAGACGACACAGCAGUAUCUUGCAAACGUCGCCCUUAAAAUCAAUGUUAAGGUGGGAGGGAGAAAUACUGUACUUGUUGAUGCUCUGUCAAGGAGAAUUCCCCUUGUUAGUGACAGACCAACCAUUAUAUUUGGUGCUGAUGUUACCCAUCCUCAUCCUGGAGAAGAUUCUAGCCCUUCCAUUGCAGCUGUUGUUGCUUCUCAAGAUUGGCCUGAGGUCACCAAAUAUGCUGGAUUGGUGAGUGCACAAACCCGUCGCCAGGAGUUGAUACAAGAUCUUUUUAAAGUAUGGCAAGAUCCUCAGAGAGGGACUGUAAAUGGUGGAAUGGUUAGGGAUGGUGUUAGCGAAGGACAGUUCUAUCAGGUUCUGUUGUAUGAGCUUGAUGCGAUUAGAAAGGCGUGCGCAUCCUUGGAGUCCAAUUAUCAGCCACCUGUUACCUUUGUGGUGGUCCAGAAGCGCCAUCAUACACGGCUAUUUGCUAAUAACCACAACGAUCAGCGAAGUGUUGACACAAAAAGUGGAAACAUACUGCCUGGUACUGUGGUUGAUUCAAAGAUAUGCCAUCCUACCGAGUUCGAUUUCUACCUUUGUAGCCAUGCUGGUAUUCAGGGAACAAGCCGCCCUGCGCAUUACCAUGUCCUUUGGGAUGAGAACAAUUUUACCGCGGAUGGUUUACAGACUCUCACGAACAAUUUGUGUUACACCUACGCAAGGUGCACCCGUUCUGUAUCGAUUGAUUUUCAAAUGGCAUUUUCCCUGUUUGUCUUGGCCAGAUUAUUGGCCUGCACAUUCAAACAUCCGUCGAGAUUUGCAGCGCCUGUGACCACGCCGAGAGGCCGUCACCGCCGACAGGCGCAACAGGGCCAAGAAGGCCAGGGAAAAAGCGGCGCGCGCUGCGGCGGCGGCGGAACAAGAAGAGCCGGAGGAGGAGGAAGAGGAGGAGGAGGAACCGGCGCCGAGAGGAAAGGCAAGAAGAAGAAGAAGAAGAAGAAGAAGAAGAAGAAGAAGAAGAAGAAGAAGAAGAAGAAGAAGAAGGCGGCCAAGCCCGGCGAGCCACGCAUCAAGUGGGCGUCCAAGGAAGAGGAGUGCCUCGCCGAAGCGUGGAAGGUCGUCCGCCUCGACCCGGUCACGGGCACGAACUAG